GCACAUGCCCGCGAAGCUGCCAGUGCCUAUGGCGGCAGAGGUUCUCGAGGCUGCGACAGCCAAGGCCACCGUCGGAGCUUUGCGCAUCAAUGGCCGGAGUGCCGAGAGCGAGGUCAUUGCCGGAGUUUACACGAAGCAGCGGGACGGCUUCAAGCGUGAGCAGGGCAAGCCGCUGAAACUCCGUCGCGUGGUGCGUGAGAAAGGAGAUACGAAGCUGGGAUCCAUGGACAUCGUCUGGAAAGGGCUCCCUCCAGAGUACAAACAGGCCAGAGCCAUGUGGAAGAUCGAGCACUAUGAGGCAGAUGAGUUCGAUGCCCCGCUUGCUGUACUUCUGACCACUGCCACGGAUCCAUGCGGCGGGCGAGUUCCAUGGUG